UUGGCGGGAAAAAGUAGCAAACAAAACAUUGAAAGGCAAGCAAGCAUAAACGCGGGUUAUGGACAAAUAUUUAAUUAAAAUGCCUAGAUCUAAAACAAAUGAAACACCCAAACAAGAGAAAGCGGACGUGAAAAAAGAGACUCCCAAAAUGACAAGCAAACGUUUAGAAAAACAGACCCCAAAAGAGUUAAAGGACAAGGAAAAUGUUGGGGAUGACAAUACUCCAAAGCAAACAAAAACAGGAAAACGUGGUAGACCGGCUGCCAAGCGAAAGAAUUUAGAUACUCCAGAAGCGAAAGAAAAUGAAAAAUCGGCAGAGAGUGAAAACCCGCCAAAGCGCAGGAGUGGAAGAGUCACAAGGAGCACUCGUUCUAUGGCAGAGGAUGGAUCACCAUCUCCCGAAAAGAAAAAGCCUGAAAAGUUGCCUUUUAUCAAGUACAAAGGGGCUAUUAAAUACUAUACAGAAAAUCAGGAUAUAGCCGCAUCUGCCGACGAAGUUUUGCAAUGGGUGGAAAAGCAGAAGGAUGAUGUAGUGCCAAUGGCUUUUGAUAUGGAGUGGCCUUUCUCAUUUCAAACCGGUCCGGGAAAGUCCGCUGUUAUACAGAUAUGCGUAGAUGAGAAGUGCUGCUAUAUCUACCAACUUACCAAUCUCAAGAAGCUGCCCGCGGUCCUUGUGGCCCUUAUCAAUCAUCCCAAAGUGCGUCUGCAUGGCGUGAAUAUAAAGAAUGAUUUCCGCAAACUAGCGCGGGACUUCCCCGAAGUUACCGCCGAACCUCUGAUAGAAAAAUGUGUGGACUUGGGAGUGUGGUGCAAUGAGGUUUGUGGGACCGGCGGUCGCUGGAGUCUGGAGCGUUUGACCAACUUUAUAGCCAAGAAGUCCCAGGACAAAAGCAAGAAGGUGCGCAUGAGCAAGUGGCAUGUUAUUCCGCUGGACGAGAAUCAACUGAUGUACGCUGCCAUCGAUGUCUAUAUUGGUCAGGUUAUUUAUCGGGAAUUGGAGCGACGAGAGAAGGAGAAGCUCAAAAACGAAGAGGAGUUUAAGGAGCAAAAUGGAGAAACCGCAUUUAAAGCUGUUAAGGCAUUAGGGGAAACAUUUUUAACUAAAAUUAAUGAGGUUACUCUGUGAACUUUUUACUGGUCGCCAGAGACACAAUUUCAUAUUUUACCCUCUUUUCAAAUAUUGCAAUUUUUUACAUAAGACUCGAACUAUUUAUUGCAAGCUUAUUUUCACUUAACAUCUUGCAACAUUUCACUAAACUUAGUUGGACCUAAGCAAUAUUUUCCAAUUUUAUAUUUAGGUUCAAAUUGAUUUUAAUAUAAGAUAGGUUUUAAAAUCAUACACCAAAUUCUAUUGAAAUUUUUAGCAAUUUAAUUGACUUAGAAACCUUAAAAUUGUCUUUUUAACAAAAAUUUCACUACCUUAAUAUUUCCUUGAUUAUUUGUCGAUUAUUGUUACGUUUCAGUUCCCCAAAAAUUAAUUAGUGUUAUACAGUUUUCUUCAUUUCUCAACUUGCAAUAAAUUUUAAUUUUGUAAAUUCGCAUUAAACACAUAAUGAACACAGUU